UGAAAACCUUAACGUGCGGCUGAGUCCCAGGUAACCAAGCCCCUCCUCAGAAUAGUGCUGAUCCUUCCUGUUUGCUGUUGAGCGUCUCAGCUGCAUGGAUUAGUUUGUUCGCGGAAUGAGCAGAAGUUUGCAGGUGAAAUGGAUGGAGGUGCCUCGACCGCUGAGGAUGAGCUCAGAGGAAGCUCUGAUCAUUUCAUCACCAGCCUCCGUGCCUUUUGGCUUCACUCGGUCGCCAGCUGCGGGUCUCCAGGCGCGGCCCAUCUGUGCGUCCCCGCUGGUCUCACAUUGCUUUCCGCUGUCCUAUUGCUCCUUUCUUACCUCUUGAUCGUGUGUAGGAAGUAUAAAUUAAGAGGAGAAUAUUCAAAGGAAACCAUGAUAGUCUUCUACAGUUUUCUGGGUAACCUGUGCAGCACUGUGGGAGCAGUUCUGGCUAGACAGUUUCACCUACAGAUUUCUAUGGCUGCGUUUGCUGCUUUAAUGGAUGGUGUGCACUGUAUCUUGUGCUGCCUUCCGGUGUUCCUGUGUUGGAACUCCAAAACUCAGCGGAGGCUGAGGGCGGUGAAGAGGCGCAGGAGGCAGCAUUUUCUGGCUGUGGGUGUGUUGAUGGUGGUUGCAGGAGGGUUCCUGAAGUCCAGAGUUGAUGAACCUAUAACGAUUAGAUCUGUCAGUGGAAGGAAGCUGCUGCACAGCUCCAUUCAAAUCUCCAGCUGGAGACUGAUGAUGGACAGCAAAGAAAUCCUUGGUUACAUUCUGGGCCUGCUGGCCUCUGUCAUUGCCUGGACCUCCAGGUUCCCUGCACUCUGCAGAGCAAGGCGAGGACAGAACCUGACCCAGACAUUUAUUGUCUCUGGGUUUUUGUGCUCCAUAUCUGGUGCCCUCUACACUGCAGCCAUCCUCUUAUAUGACGUCCGGUUCAGAUUUCUUAUCAGAGUUAUGCCUUGGUUGCUGUCAUCGAUUGGCUGUGUCAUCCUGGACCUGCUUAUUUUAGUGAUCCACUGGUGCAAGAUAGGAACCAGGCAGAAGACAAUGAAACUAUCACCAGAUAUAGAAGGACUUUUAGGCAUGAACACUGAACAUACUGCUGUCAUGAAGCAGCAGAAAAAACAGCAAAAACCUCCAUCAGCACAAACAAAAUUUUCAGUCUUUUCUUCAACGACAAAGAAUGUACAGAAGACGAUUGAGAUGGGCCAAUAUAUGGACGUCAGUGGUCAAAAGACAUCUAAACUGCUGUCCCUUAAAGAUGUGACACUGACUAAAGAUGGAUUAGACGUCGGACCUCCUCACAGGAUGGUGAGAGUUGAUGGUCUUUGUUCCUCUGAUACAUCCUAUAGCUCUUCGUCAGACAGCACUGAUCUGGAGUGGGACUUUGAAGCUGCAAUUGCACAGUGGAGUAAACCAGCAGCAGAACCACAGGAGGGGGACAAGUUCCUGCUCCAAGACUGGCCAACAAACCCCAAACCCUUCAGUGUCUGCAUUUGCUCGAUGGCUGGACUCCCGCAGAAGAGUCAGUGUUCUGCAAAUGAGAGCAGCUCUGCUGUGAGCUGAACUUCCGUGCAGGCACAUCUGAUAUAACUGGUUUGGAAUUAUUAAAAACAAAAGCAACUACGGUAUUGACAGUUUUAUGAUUCAGUACGACUUGGAAAGCAACUUCACAUGACCUGUUUUGAGAUGCGAUACAAACAAGUUCUGUCAUUUCAUAGACCUUUCUGUGUUUGUUCUUGGGCCCAUUCAUAAACACACAGGUUCAUCCUGGAAAGCUGAACUUCAGUAAUUUGAUCCAAGUAUCAAAAUUAGAAGUAUUACAAACAGAGGGAUGUAUUUCAACGGUCUAUUUCCCUUAUUUUUAAUUGUGGUUUGAGCUCCUGAGAACUUUAAUCUUCUUUGAAGGAUUACAGAGAACACCACCCCAAUAAAUAAUAUCUCUCCCCCCUA